AUGGAGGAAUGCAUGCUAGGUAUCACUUCUGAGCGGCUGCAGUGCUGUAGCGAUGUCCAAACAGCGUCUUUUGGUUUUGGGGGUGGAUGUGGGCUAACAGGACGGUGCUGCUCCUGGUGUCUGUGCAAUCACACUGGAUCUGUUGUUGCAGGGACGGAGCCUGCGCGUCCGUGGGAUGGUGCUGGGCACGGGGGGAAACGGAAAGCCUCCCCAGAAGCUGAUGCAAGCAGCCUUCCAGCCAAGCGCAGCCUUGCAGAAAGGCAAGGCAGAAGCACCGAGUGUGGCACAGCACCCAAGAGAGACAGAGGUGCUGAGCCCAAUGGAAAGAUCUACGCGAAAGCGGUGCAGGAGGUCCUUUCAGAGAGAGCUCGUCUCCAGGCUGGAGGGCUUCCUCCAUCAGCAGGUCCCAGCUCAGGGGGAAGACCUGCCCCUGCCGUGUGCCCCCGCUCCGUCUCCAAGUCCCUGGCUGGAGGGAAACGCAAGGGCUUGGAAGAAGAGCAGCAAACAGCAGCGCAGCUGCCUGCUACCAAAAGAGCGAGGGCUGAGAGCGGAGGCAGCGUGCUGGCUCCAGCAGCACAGCCUGGGCCUGCUGCAGCACGGAGCUCCAAGCUGAGAGCAAGAAGACGACAACAAAAAGAGAGGAGAGGGCAACUGAAGAAGGCUUCCCUCAGGGCUGCAGCUGCACAUGCAGAGUCCUCCGCCAUGAACAGCCUGGUGGAGAUGAUGCAGAAGCUGCAGCUGAACGACUGAGAGGAGGAGCAUCAGCAGGCAGCGCUGCAGUGCGCGGCGUUGCAGGGCAGCGUUCUGAGUGCCGCCCAA